AUGAUGACACCUUUUAACUCCAAUGGACUCCUCUUGCUAGCAGGCCUGUGCUGUCUGCUUCCCAGAACCAAGACUGAUUAUCAUGAAGGGGUCUAUAAUGACUCAAACAUUGAUAAAUUCCAAUGCCGGAAGGUAGCUCUCACCAUCAGCAAUGUCUCCAUCUCUUUGUACAAAGAAAUGGCCCAAGAGUCAAGAAAUGGAAACAUCUUAUUUUCCCCACUUAGAGUUAUUGCUGCCCUUUCCAUGCUUUCCAUGGGAGACCAAAGCAACGCUAGCCAACACAUCCUGGAGGCCCUAAAGCUCAACAAAACAGGCUUGCCCAGCGCUGAGAUCCACAAGUGUUUCCAGUAUCUGCUCUGGCCCAUUCUGCAUCCUCCACAGUCAUCCCUACUGAGAAGUGGUAGCAGCAUGUUCAUCAACCAAGACAUAAACCUAUUAGACGAGUUUCUGGAAGGCGCCAAAAAACUCUACCUCUCUGAUGUCAUACCCAUCAGCUUCACAGACAGCAGGAAGGCCAAGGCCCAGAUCAACAAUUACAUAAUGAAGAAAACCAACAGGGAGAUAUUGGACAUAAUCAAGAGUCUGCAAAGUGACACAUCCCUUGUCCUGGUGAACUACAUUAUCUGGAACGCCAAAAUUAUCAGCAACUUCAACUGCAAGUUUGUCAAGAUGGAGGACUUCCACUUAGGACAUAGGAAUUCAAUCAAGAUACCGAUGGUCAAUAGCGUGGAUGUGUAUCAUCUGUUCCGAGUCAACGAUCUGUUUAGUAUGGUGCUGAUAUAUAGCCACAGCCAAAGCAUCCUAAUCUACUUCAUUGUACCUGAUAAAGGGAGGAUGCGUGCGGCAGAACAGAGACUGACCUACCCACACUUCCGUCGCAUGGUGCAAAAACUUAGCCUAAGGAUGGUCAAAGUACACAUGCCGGAAUUGUCACUGUCUGAGACCCAUAACCUGGAGUCAGUGAUGAACCUACUAGGAAUCAACUAUGUUUUAAGCAAUGAUCACAUCAGCUCAGUGAUCAUGGAUGACAAAGUUGAGAAUCCCUCCAAGGUGAUAAGUAAGGUGGUGCUGACCUUCGAUGACAAGGGGGCAAUACCUUCUUCGACUUCUUGCCUUGAAAGUUCGACAUGGGCAAAUGUGCCUCUUUUUCAGUUAAACAGACCCUUCCUAAUCUUCAUUCAGGAUUCAGACAAUUAUGCUCCCCUCUUUUUAGGCAGAGUGGUACAUCCCAGAAACUAA